GAAAAAUUUUCUCACAUGCUGUCUGUAAAAGAUAUUUAUUACAGAAAAACUGGUAUCUCUUUUCAAUUCUUUUGCUUUCUUUUAAGGUUUGGACAUCUAACUGUGGCCCACAUCUUGUUGGAGAAUGGUGCUGAUCUCAAUGCACAGAAUAAACUGGGCGCCAGUGUACUUACAAUGGCUUCUAGAGGUGGCCAUGUCAGUGUGGUGAAAUUGUUGCUGGAAUCUGGAGCUUUUGUUGAUAAUUAUGACCAUUUUAAUACCAGUUUCGUUGAGAACAGCAAAGAGGAACUGCCAGAUAUAAUACCACUAAUAGCAGCUGCCCAACAUGGACAUGAAGCAGUGGUGCAUUUACUACUGGACUGGGGAGCUGAUUGUAAUUACUCUUUGAAGACAGUGGGCUGGAGUCCUCUAAUGCUGGCAGCAGUUAGUGGAAAGCUGAGUGUGGCACAACAGCUCGUGGACAAGGGAGCCAAUCCUAAUCAUCUAAAUGUGCUGCAUAAAACAUCUUUUGAAAUCUCCAUUGGCUUCAAACAUAAAGACAUGAAAGAUUAUCUGCAAUCAGUAACAACUGUCAGACCCCAGACAGAUAACGACAAGAGGCAACCUGAUGUCUUUCAUGCUUUGAAAAUGGGAAAUUUUCAGUUGGUUAAAGAGAUUGCAGAUGAACACCCAAAUCAAGUUAAUAUUAUUAAUAGUGAUGGUGCUUCUCCACUGAUGAUUGCAGCAGUAACUGGACAGUUAGCUGUUGUACAGCUGCUUGUUGAAAGAAAUGCUGACAUCGACAAACAAGAUAAUGUUCAUGGCUGGACAGCCCUAAUGCAGGCCACAUAUCAUGGAAAUAAAGAAGUUGUUAAGUAUCUGUUGAGUCGAGGAGCUGAUGUCAAUCUACGUGCCAAAAAUGGGUACACAGCCUUUGACCUGAUAAUGCUACUGAAUGAUCCAGACACAGAACUUGUACGGCAACUAGCAUCAGCCUGCAUGCAAGUAGACAAAGACAAGGGUAAGCAGAACAACAAAUCACCUUUGCCCAGUUCUAGAAGUAGGCAGUCUUUAAAUACCUUGAUGUUGCCAGAUGACAAGGGAGGAUUAAAGUCAUGGUGGAAUAGGAUGUCCAAUAGAUUCCGCAAGCUGAAGUUGACUCAUACGUUGCGUCAUGGAUUUUCCACCAGUCAGUCUGUGCCUUUUACUGAUGAGCCCGAAUCAUCACUGAAUUCCACAAUAAAAGCCACUUCACAACCAGAUGUGAGCAACUCUGGAAACUGUGAUGUUGCAGCAGCUUGGACCACAAGUAUCAAAGCUAGUGGUAUAUGCACAAGAGCAGGAAAGGAUGAUGAAUUAUUGACAACCAUGUUAAGAAGUGGUGCUCCAUUUACUAGACUACCUAGUGAUAAACUGAAGGCAGUUAUUCCUCCUUUCUUACCUCCUUCAAGUUUUGAGCUGUGGAAUUCUGACCGAACACGAAUGAACAAAGAUGGCAAGACUGAACAGAUGAGGACUGCCUUGCCACAGCGAGGGAUCAAACAUGAUUUUAACAGCAGUGCAAACUCUGACGUAACAUCUGUUACCAAAGGUACUAGGCUGGUCAAAUUGCCAGGCUUUGCAAGAAGACCUGCUUCUCCCUCAAAUUCAAAUAACUUCAAUCACUCACCGCAUUCUUCUGGUGGAUCUAACAACAUAGCUGGAAUCAACAGACUUGGUGGAGAACUCCAUAAUAGAUCAGGUGGCAGUGCAGAUAGUGUUUUGUCUCAAAUUGCAGCCCAAAGGAAAAAAGCAGCAGGUUUACCUGAACAGAAACCCAGCCAGCAUUGUAGUUCAGUCCACACAGUUGCUUCAUCUACUCUUCCUGAACUGCAGCAGCAUGUACAGAUAGCUAGCAAUGGACAUAUAGCAAAGCAGAAACUAGAUAUGAACAAAAGACCUCCAUCUGGGACCUCAUCUACAUCUAAGAGCACAUCGCCAACUCUCACACCAUCCCCAUCUCCAUCCCCAUCCCCUAAGGUUCACAAUGCAGAGUCCUCUCUCUCUUCCUCUCACAGACCAGCCAAGAGCAAUGGUGGCUCUAGCAGUGGCACUAUUACUGAGGAAGGCAACCACUUGGCGGAUCACCAAAAAUUUGUCCAUAGUUUGAGAACAUCUGAUAUAGAAAACCAUGAAAGAAGAAACCAUGUCAGAGUAAAAGGCAUUUGUGACAACUUGGAGAAAGAUGAGCUGACUAGUAUCCUUAAAAAAUUGUCACUUGAGAAAUAUCAGCCUAUUUUUGAAGAACAGGAGGUGGAUAUGGAGGCCUUCCUCACACUUACUGAUGGUGAUUUAAAAGAGCUGGGUAUUAAGACUGAUGGAUCUAGGCAGCAAAUUCUGGCAGCUAUUUCUGAAUUGAAUGCAGGAAAGGGACGAGAGAGACAGAUUUUACAGGAAACCAUACACAAUUUCCAUUCUUCCUUUGAGAGCAGUGUUAGUAAUACAAGAUCUCCUGGCAUUUCUCAGUCACCUGGAUACUGGAUAAAAGCACAGGAAUCUGCACCUACCAGGAAGUAGCCCCUGGAUAAAGAUGUUUUAAAGCCGGGGGCAUGGAAGAUUGAGCUUAAGUGCAGAGAAGAAAAUUUAUAAAACUAGGUGCUAACCACAGUGUCUCAGUACAAAGUGUGCAGGAGUUGCUUCAGUAACAUCUUUAUGGCACCAGUCAAGCAAAGUAUCCCUUUAACUUUGAGAAUUAAUACUUCUUCUGACUUUAAGGGGACAAGUCAGAGUUAGAGUUAAGCACAUGGUUAAGUGCUUUGCUGGUUUAGGGUCUGUAGGAGCAAGGCAAGAUUUAAUAAUGACAUAAGAUGAUAUGUAGGUCACCUUCAGAAGUACCGUUUUGAAGAGCUCACUCACAGAAGUCUUGAGAAGACACAAUCAAGCACCACAGGAAUGCAGGAAGCAAAAAAAAAAA